AUGCGCACGUUUCGAAAGUCGGUAGUACGCAAGACAAAACGCCUGUUUGACCACCAGGGGACGUCCAAAAAAUACAUUGACGACACUACCGACAUGUCUCAGAUCCAGCAACUGAUUGAAAUGGGCAUCAGCGAGGAUGUCGCCAAGAUUGCGCUCCGCAGAAACGACCACAACGUGGAGAAGGCCCUCGAAUACAUUUUUUCGCACGACAACAUUGUGGAGAGCGAUAACGAGGUGGCUGCGCCCGAGCUACCGCCGCGACGAGACCCCAACGCAGACACCAGCGGAGAUAUCGAGCCCAGGGACUACACCCGGGAGAUUGUGCCUUACCACCAGAUUCCACAUGUUGAGGAGACGGCUGAGGAGGACCUAAUUGAGGAGAGCAGAGAGGCGUACGUACAUGAGCCUGAGCUUUCAUAUUCACGGUUCGAUCUCAGUGAAUUGACAGCAAACCAGACGGUUAGAAGUUUGGAUCCUCCAAUCUUGCUACCUUCUCAUGCUGCCAUCGAUAUCGCGCCCUUGCUGACGAUUUUGCAUGCUAUUCCACAGGCCAGAGAUGCGCUAUUGGAGGGUGCAAAGGACACGUACGAGUUUGACCCCAGCUGGCGCUCCGGCACCUGUUCUAAAAAGACGUCGUUGGUGGAGGAAACACAAAAGCUGCUCGCAUUUCUCGAUGGCAGCACCGGGCGAGGCUUCAACACCAUCUCCAAUCUCGUCAGAUGCAUCCCUUCAUCUAUAGCAUCCCAACUCAGCGGCUCGUCUCGAUCUAGUGACGACUCUACUGCGGUUGGUGCGUUUUUGGAACAACUCAUCAUGCGGCAUGAGAACGCAGCGAAAACCUUCAGGAUGGUGGCUACGGAUGGAGAGGAGUCGGAACCUAUGUACAACAUCUUGCUGGGAACCAGGGAGCCUUCAGACACUUGUCUCACCAUUUCCGACGGACUAGAUUUGUUGUUAUGGAGUGGACUCCGAGAUGGAUCUUCUACAGACGAAGUGACCUAUCUCAAGGAAAUCCCACCUGUUAUCUCCAUCACAUGUCGACGUGAAGACGCCCAAAGUGGUUCUGGUCUGGCUGUGACGCCAAAGUUCUCUCCUCAUCGGUACUCGGAGGCCUACCUGGACAAGGUCAAGUCGGUGCACAGUCGAGCCAUUGAGGCCAAGAAGGAGUCGCAAGCGCUGUUCCAGAAGCGAUUUGAAAUGUCAAACUUCCAGGGCGUCAGUGUUACUAAGUUGCUGGAGGUUGCUGUUGGUCAUUUCGACGAUGAGACCAGGGAGGGAGUCACAGAGCUACGAAAACUCCAGAAUCAGUACCUGGAUGCUCGAGAGGAGAUCGGAUUACGAAUCGAUAAGCUUGAGGAAUUGACGGACGAUGUGGAUGUGCCUCCAUAUGGGCCUGAAUACAAUCUCAUGGGUGCCAUCAUUUCCCCAACAGAGUUUUACUACAACCAUCAUGGACAAUGGCUACAUGUGGCUUAUCUGGACGAAGCUCCCGUAUCUGUGGAUAGUCUUUAUGCAAUCCGUCCUACUACGGUAGAGGAGGUUUGUGAGCAUGCUGCCCGUGGCUCCGACCAGUUUGAUGCCCAGGAAGUGACUCUGUUGUAUGCCACCUCCGAGAACAGCGAUAUGCCUUGUGGGGAACUCCCGGCAUCUCUCAAGGCGUUCCUUGAGGAGGAUCGGAAGCAUUUCGAGGCUCUUCUGGCAGAGGAGGAGGCUGCUGAGGCUGCGGAGGCCGAGAAUCUCAUCGAGCUAGAUGCGGAAGAUUCCGAUGAGCAGGAAGUUGGGACGGAGGAUACGGCCGAGGAUGAGGCACAAGUGCAAGAAACGUCGCAAGCCACUGAAGCUAAGGGGCCUGAUGGUUUAGAGGCUUUAGAGCAGCCACAGAGAUAG